AGUAAUCGGUGAAAAGAGGGGGGAUAGGAUGGGUGACGUCGCUGGUAGUUUGGUUGGGGGAACGAGCCGAGAGAUCGCGCGACCGUCGUCUUUGGCUGUCGGCUCCAAGCGACUGGCAGAGCUCAGUCGACGUUCAGUUCAGUUCGGCUCAGCGAGGCCAGCGAGAAGAAAGGGGAUCUUUAAUGCAUGUGAUAGUGUGUGAGUGAAGUAUUGUCCCACUCAGGACCUACUCGACCCCUUGCUACCACAUUGUCUCGAGCUAGCUGAGACUACCUGCCUUUGGAUACGCGGAAAGAGAAACCGAGGUUGAUUCCUAGGAUCAGGAACCCUCCUGACUUCAAGGUUCAAUCAGUGAAAAAAGUUUUUUUUUUAACCUGACAGGUCUCUAACCGCGUGGCCUGUCAAUGUUCGGUGACUUUUAGUGAGGGUGAAGCGUGUAAUGAUCGUGAUGACUGUGAUAAUAGUUGACCUAGAGUUAUGAAAUGCGGGUUAAUCGUCUUAGACAAUUUAAAGUGAAACCUAAAAGUGAAGGUCUCGUUGUUACUCUGACCCUUGAUAUAGAGAGGGUAACGAUUGCCAAGUGUCAAAGUGACAUUUCCAUGUGUGUUUUUCGAUGCGAAAUGUCAUCGGAUAUCUCUACCCCCCUCAGUUAUUGCGAACGUUUGAGCUGACUGACUCAAAUGUCCCAUCCUCUUGAAUUAUCGAGACCAACAUAUUAAAGUGUAUCGUGUACUUUGCUUUUUGUUUCAAUCGCCCUGUGCUUACUUCAACCUGGACCAAUUUGAAACCUGAUCUCCACACGUGACACUGGACUCUACUCGUUCGUCGACCUGCCUGGAUUUUUCAUCAACGCUACAUCGUUAUCUCGGUCCGCCGGACUUGCCUUUGGCGCUCUUACUCGUCCCGCCGUGUAUCCACCCCUCCACCUGUCUGCUGCCCCCAACCUACAUCCAACCCGUGACUCCCUCUCGCACUCUACCUAUCCCCACCUACCUUUCGCACGCGCUUCCUUUAUUUACCUCACCACCGACGACGACGAUGACGACGACCUCCUGGUGAAUCUCAAUCGCCAUCCACUCGUCGACAACCCCGCGCUUCGCGGAAUCUCGUUUUUUUCUCAUCACAAUCGAUAUCGCGGUCGUCGUUAUAAUACCGGAAAUUCACGGCCACUAUUUGCACCAUCACCGAUCACGUGGCUUGCUCAACGGCGACGCUGUACGACAAUGUGCACGCCGCGCCGCUGUGCGGCUCCGGCGUGGGCCACCCUGGCUCCGUCACGCCAAUGGGGACAGCCACCGGAACGGGGAAUUCCACCGGGUUGACCUGGUGGGCCAUGAUGCCCGGUACCCCCUACGAAGACAGUCCGCCACCUGUAGCCCCGACUUCAGCUCUUGCAUCAAUUCAGCAGCAGAAUUCAUCGGUAGGCUCUCACCAGCAGGCCGCGACACCGACUUCGCCAGGAGCACCAGCCUCUGCAUCGACAGCUCCACCUCCACCCACAGCCAGCGCGAGCUCGACCUCGCCGAGCGCCUCCUCGGUAGCGAGCAACAGUGCCGCAGGACCCCUUCACAUACCCGCGAAAAGGUUAACGGCAACACCAGCAGGUUCGACCUACGGGGACGUCACCUGCGUCGAACCCUCAGGGACUCCUGGUGCCGGAGCUGCAGGGGUGAUUCGACACUCGCACUCCUCGUCAGCUGGUUCCCAGGGCGGUUGGAGUUACAGUCCACAUCAUCCACAGGACACCCACUACUCCUCCUCUACCGGGACGGAAUCUCUAAAUCAUCACCAGGCGUACGGAGGCGCUAAUCCUCCCACCUACUACAACCUGGCAGCGGACCCUACUUCAACUUCCGGCUCCUCCAGGGACAACCGGAAGAGCGGCGCAACCCUGAGUUUCUGGUCACCUGCAGCAGCCACUUCGGCUGCUGGUUCCACCUCCGACUACAAGGACUACAAGUCCUACAACUCGGCGGGGGGAGUCGCUACCACAACCUCGUCGACCGGAGGCUCGUCCUCCGGAGUAGCCGGCACCACGGAUCCCGCAGUGUCAUGUCAUCAGAGCUUCUCGCAGAGUUGGUGUAACUAUCCCCCCUACACAACGGCGAGGCAUCAUCAUCCAGUUGACACGGUGGGCCAUCACCAUGCCCACUCCCAGGCGAGUGUUUCGUACCUGACACCUUCGGCUGCAGAGGACCGGGGGAGGAUGGCUGCAGCCAUGGUCGCCGAAGCAGCCUUCCCACAUGAUAGCUACACUGGCAUCAGAAACUACGGCGCGGCUGAGCCCGUUUCGAGCAGUCCGUAUCCACCACCAGUGAUGUGGGGUUCCUCCCCAUCUUCCCUGUUUCCCGCAGGUUCACUGGCCAGCGUCGGCGUCGGCGUACCUGGUAUGGGAGUCGGAUGUGGUGGCGCAAAUCUCGAAUGGACAGGGCAAGUCACUGUUCGCAAAAAACGCAAACCAUACACCAAAUUCCAGACCCUCGAGCUGGAGAAGGAGUUCCUUUACAAUGCUUACGUUUCGAAGCAAAAACGAUGGGAGUUGGCGCGGAACUUGAAUCUCACCGAGCGACAAGUUAAGAUAUGGUUUCAAAAUCGGCGGAUGAAAAACAAGAAGAACAGCCAGCGACAGUCGCAGCAGCAAAACAACAAUAACAACAAUAGUAGCGCCAACAAUGCGAAUCACCAUGGUGCAGCGACCAGUCACCAUCAUCCGAGCAGUGCACACACCCCAUCGAGUCACCAUGUUGUUGGUCAGACGCAUCAUGCAAAUGGGCCAGUCAAGCAUCAUCAGUGACCCGUGGCCUUCUCUGGGGUCGUUUUUGGCCACCAUCCCCCUAGCCAUAACACGUCCAUCCAUGGGGGCAGCCAUAGCCUGAUCGCAAGUCACAGCCAUAACCUCCACGCUCCUCAGCAGACGUCUCUGCCGCAUGCCAGCUCCACGACGAUACACUCUCACGGCCAAUCUUCGCACCAAUUGACUGCUCAUUUGGCUCAACACCAUCCUGCGCUUCUUCACCAAACCCCUCAUGGCCUGGCCGCCUGAAUUAAUGUCCAGGGACGAACGACUGCGGUCAAUGACCCCAGAGAGACUUCGGAGAAUGCCCGUGCACCUUGUUUGUCGCAUAGGUUUUCGCGCAGCAGCUCAAGGACUGUUCACUAUCUUGCCUCAUCCUUUCCCUCUUCCUCUCCCCUUUGUAUCAACCAAUCGAAAUUCAAACACCCUCUUCCCAUCGCCCUGUCCUUCUCGCUCUGUAUUCUCUCACAAAGAGACAGUAUAAUAGUAGUAAUAUUAUUAAUUAUCGAACGAAUCGAAAAAAAAACAAAAACAAAAUGAUGUUGUAUAGGGAGUGUGUGUAUGUGCGCAACAAUCUUCGCCAAUGUGGGCAAAGAGACGUCGAGUGUCGGAAGGGUCUAGCAGUGUAAUGCGCGAUACCUCCAAGCAAUCUGUCCAAUCCGUAACUCGAUAGUAUUUCUCCAGUUAUUCAUGUAAAAUUAAAGCAUAAUUAGUGUCACUUAGUGUUUCCUAACCCACGUGUAUUACUUUGACUCGCGUAAUUAGGGAACUCCCUUGGAACUUUGCGGAGUCGAUUCGAGAAGUCGCCAUUGGGUUAUGUAGGUGAGGCUGGAUGAAGUCAUCGAGAGAGCUGGACCACCUCUUGGAAAGAACGAGAUUGGAGGUCAUCAUAGGUAAUGGAAGUUUUAGAUUUUUUGAUUUAGUUUUGUUGAUGAUCCUAAGCUUUUGUUUUUAGAAAUAUUUAAUAUUUCGAUUUUAUUGCAAUCUUUCUCGUGAAGAGAAACAAUCCUUGUAGAGGAGCGUUUCUUUGCUUUCUGGUUGCUAUUUGGUAGCGAUGGAUAUGAUGCUGGUAGAGACCAGAUUGAGAUUUGUUUAGGAUGUGGUCAGCUGAUUCUUUUGAGUUGCUGGAUCACUAUUGAGUUGAUGGAUUACCAUGGAAGUGGUGAAUCUUCGAGAAAGAUUUAAAUUCCAAUUGGGAUUCUGGAUCAUAAUUGAGAUGCUGUAUCCUCAUUAAAGACCAUCAAUAUUUAUUGGUAUGCUGCAUCACAAUUGAGAUGUUGGAUAAAGAUUGAGAGGCAGAAUAUGCUGAAUCAAAAUUUCGAUUCUGAAUAAUAAUUAUGAUGUACAUUCUCCAUUCUCGAUCAUUGUUGGUCAAUUUUCAUUGAAGAUGCUGAAGAUCUCAACUAAUCGUCCUACAAACAAAUCUCAAUAUUUUGCCUCGAACCAUUCAAUAUCCAUCGGUACCAUCAAAAACUAUAUUUCCCAUAGUUGGUAGAGUGCUAUAUUUUAUUGUUGUGCAGUAGACUGGAAUUUUCUUACUUGUGCCGCCUUCUUCAGAAACCAAUGAGUCUGUCGAGUUAAAAGUUACUGACAUAGAUUCAGCAAAAAUACAAUAAUUAUCAUCACUAAAAAAGGAAUGGUUAUUUCUUGUUGAUUGGAUAAUGUAAGCAUACAAUUAUAUUUACGUAACAGAUACUGACUUCAUCGAAAUAAAUGCUCACUUUGAGGCAAUAUUUUCGAGAACCUGGCUCAAGUAAAAAAACUCUUAUGCUUCUCGUGAGCACUAUUUAGUUAGCUUAAAAUUGUUAAGGAUAGUUUUGAUAACUAAGAUCUCAGGAAACUGGGACUAGUUUGAGUACCUGGUGCAUUAGCUAAAGUUAGUUUAUUCAAUUUUUUUAGUGGACAUUUACGAAGUGUCCUCACUGAUUACGUUUGCACAAAAGUGACGCGGUUUUAAACUGAAUAAAGUAUUUUAUAGUUACGCUCGUAAACUCGGAAGAAAAAAAAAUACAAUCAAAAAUUGGACACCCAAAUGUCUGGGUAAUAGUUAUACAAAAACACCAAGUGUUUCAAAGAAAUAGAUAUUAAAUAUAGAUACCCACUGGGUGAUAAUUUCCGGGUUAUAUUUGAGUCUUCUAGCCAAAAAAGCCUUGUUGAUUUUUAUAGAAAACUUUGGGAAAUUUUUUUAGAUUGCAACUUUAGAGGGUGGUCUUUGCAUCUGCUCAAGAAAAAAACUCAUCCAGCCUUAGAUUAUUAUAGACGUAAAUGGUAAACGAAAGCGAAAAUCCAUUAAAAAGUAGCGUGGAAAAAGUCGGAGAGUUAGCGUCUCCGAAAAAAAGUCGUACUCAUCGCCUACAAAGAAUCGCAACUGUAGUACCUAUGAUUCUUAACUGUAUGUAAAAAAAUGGAAUUAGAUUAAAUGUACCUACAGUCAGCGAUUGAUGGUUGUACGUACCUCUUUCGAGUCAAGCUUGGGAUCUUCGACGCCCCCACGAAAGAAUUUUUCAAAAGAUCCUCUUUUCGGCUCUUCACGAAGAGUAUUUUCGACCUCAAAGUUAUUAUAGUACUUAAAAAGGAAUGUAAUUAUCCUUUGAACAUUCGAAGCAAGGUCGAUGAAUCUGCUGUCUGGUCAUUUACCCGGUGAAACAAAAGUAUAUUUCUUUAUUUUACUUUACAUCGUGUUAUUGCUACUCUUUAAUUAUAUAGAUUUUUUUUUUAAUUGGAUUUUCGGAAAAUAGAAGGAAGAAAUGAAAAUGAGGAAGCGAUCUCGAAGAGCGAAGUUCCCAAGUUCGAUUAAAUAACCGGCGGAUCCACCGGCAGAGUAGGUAAUUUAAUCGGAUCUUAAAGAAAAAUAUCCCAGUGGCUCUGUACUAUCUAAGUUGUAAAUUAUGUGCUAGUUUGUGUAUAUGUAUGCGUACAAGUAUGUAUAUGCGGAUGAAUGUGUGUGCGAAUGUGUGAGUGAGGUUGAGGAAAAAAAAGAGCAAAGGAAUCGUCGACUCCGAAAAGAAAGGAAAAAAUUGAUCUUGUGGCGUACCUCGUGACGAAAUAGAAGGUCUUUUUCUUAAGGAGGCGAAAAAAUGUGAAAAAAAGAUGCAAUGACUUCUAUUUUACGUAACGAGGAACGCGAUUCUGAGCUGCGAAAGGAAAGAUGAAGAAGAAGAAGAAGAAGCAUGACUCGAAGAGAAGAAAGACGCGAAGUUUCGCGAAGAUGGUAGGAUCUAUUAGGUAUUUGACCCGUGAAACUGGGUUCGAACAACUGUAUAGUUCCGCCACAGUACUAUAAUAGUUAUUAUAUAACGAUGAUAAUAUAAUAUGGCGCAAGUAAGGAAUUUAAAAGAAUUGAAUUAAUAAAAAUAAACGAUCCGGUCGCGACCCAGUCAUCGCACCAGCUAAGCUUUUCAGCGAACAUUGUAAUAAAUAAUAAUUAUUAUAUCGAUGACGAUGUUUAUUAAGAUUAUUAAGGUUAAUAAGAUUAUUAUUAUUAUUAUUAUUAUAUUAUUACCAUUAUAUUAUUAUUGUGCGCGUCACGUUAAUAUUAUGUUAUUGUUUUUAUUGUGUGUUGUUUUGUAUGUACCUAUUCGCCUAUGAUAAUAAUAUUAUUAUAUUAUUAUUAUUAUUAUGAUAAAGCAAUGACUCACUCAUAAAGAAAAAAAUGGUGUUAUUAAAUGUGUAUAUUGUCUUGAUCCGAUACUAACUGUUGUACUGUAGUGCACGCUCCUUCAAGCGUAGUAUUCGUUAUUAUACUUAUAGUACAAUUUUCAGUACCAUCUUUUUCCUUUCUCCUAUAAUCGACUAUUUCCAGAAGAUUUUAGGAUUCUCUUCUCUAGUCAGAUCAGAUUUGAAAGGGAAUUUUCAAGAGAGGAUGGUAGGUUUCAUUUAAGAAGACUGUCAUAAUUUUUGUUCGUUUAACGAAAUUAGUAUUACUACAGAAUAAAAUGCGUGUUCGACUAUUCAGCAAUUAUUAUUAAUUUAUGAAUCUCCAGUUGAGAGAUCUCGCAGCCAGUGACGGGCACAAUCAUUUUCAUAUUUGUAACAUUUUCACAGAUCACUUUUUAUUGUAAAAUUUCUUCCGAAUUUUUUCGUACGACUUGGCAGGACAAUAGAAUUCGUAAAUUAUAAAAGUGUAUUUUCUAGGAUUUUCGAGCAAACAGUAAACAUUUAAAUAAAAGUUCAUUGGAUCGCA